UUGGAUUUUAAAGUUUGAACUUUUUUGUUAAUCGUGAGGAUCAUCCAGAAGAAUUUUGUGGAUAUCCAGAUUUUUUUUUUUCCUUUUUUUUUUUUUUUUAUCCCCAGUCUGAGGGGUUUACUUUGGGUUUGACCCUUUGACUGUCUACAUUUGUGUGGCUUUUUGUCUGGAUGCCCCAGGAUUACCCACAGGCUGCAGUUCCUUCUCGGGCCUGCAGGGCGGCAGCAGAGACGAACGGCCGGCCGCUGGACAGGCAGACCGUCGGGAUGAGUGACUUCUGGCAUAAGAUGGGCUGCUGUGUGGUAGCCAAACCCCCUCCGAAGAAAAAGAGGAGGAAGAUCGACCGCAGCAUGAUCGGAGAGCCAACAAACUUCAUCCACCUCACGCAUAUCGGCUCUUCAGAGAUGGGAGAUGGUUUGCAGCCGUCAGGGUCUGUUCAAGAGCAGAUGAGGUCCAAAGGCCCGAACAUGAACUGCAGAAACAGCCUGUUAUAGCCGGAUUGUAUUAAAUUGACUCUGACCAGCUGACUGACCUCCUCCGCACUCUAAACCUCUGAGCCUGUCCUCCAACACCCCGCUGAUGGCUUCACCCACCUCACUGACGACUGUUAAAGUGUCGCUCAACAAAUGUUGCACCCUUUGUGACCUUCACUUCAAAUUGUCUAAACAAAUGUUAAAAAAAAAUAUUUUUAUAUAUAUAUAUAUUUCUUUUUCACUCUGGUCCAAUCUGAAACUAGCAAGCCAAACGAGAACGAUACAGAUGUCUUCUGAAGUGAUCCUGUUUAAUCCAGGAUCUCAGAUUCCUACAGCUGUCUUCACUGUUAGAUUAUAAAAGUAAAAAUUCCCUGUAAAGACUUAGAGAUGUUAAUUCCUGAAAAUAUCUCCCAUCAGUAUUAAUUAGACAAAGAGCUGGCACCACCUGGUCCAGUAUACUUUACUGCAGUACUGUAAACUGAGUUACCGUAAAAUGAAAAUCUGAUUUGUACUAUAAGAAGAGGAUUUAAAUGCAUGUAUUAGAAUGCUUUGCUUCUUGGAAGCUUCUCGGAUGGAUCUUCAUUUUCGGAUGUUUUAUUCUGCUUAACUCAGCAUCCCGCCUCUGUGUUUGGUUUUUUUCCUUCUGUUCCCUAACUAUUUAACUUCACUGGGUGUCUCAUGGCAUCGUUGGAUUUUAUUUCCCAGAAUGCUUCACUUUGGCCAUCCCCUGCUGCUGGUGCUCAAUGAUGACAGAGGCUUAUUUUAAGAAGACAGGAAAGUCCCAUGAAUCCUGCUACACUGGACUGGAGUGUGUGUGUGUUGAGGGGGGGCGUGGUGUGUGAGUGUAAAUUUUAAAAUCUGAACUGUGUGGGGGAACUUCAGUAAUUUUAUAAGUAGACAUUUAUGGUAAGUCCUUGGCCUUUCUUUUUAAAGAACCCGGUUUGAGGUCAUGGGACUGCAUUAUGUCAGCAGAGGUCCUAAAAAAGACAGAAAAGAAGCACAAACAUGUGAAUUUGUGUGUCAUAGUGUUGCCAUUUUAAAUAUACACUUCCCACAUGUCUGCAAGUUCUGUUUUUACCUUUAUUUUACUCUUUAAAAGUUGUUCCCAGUGCUGGCUUGGGAAAUGAAAAGCGUUUUUUUUUAUUUCUAGUGUUUUAAUACAUUUCAUGCUGCAUUUGGUAGAGGAUUUAGAGUUUGUCUGCUUUGCAGUGUGAAUGCUUGACCUGAAAGGAAAGUUAUUUGUAAUUGUAUUAUCUUUUUGGGGGGAUUUACUGUGUAACAUCUUCAGAAUUUAUCCAGCUCAUUUCCUUGGUAUCCUGCUUAUCUUGUUUUGCUUGUUAAUUUUUUUUAUUUUAUUUUUGAGAUUUAAAUCUAUAUUUGGAUAAAGUCAAAGGUUCUGUGUUUCAGUUUUUUGAGCAAAAGAUUUUAAAAACGUAUAGAUAUUGUGGAACUGAGUAAUAUUUUAAAAACCGCUGAGCUUUGAUAUUUACAUUAGAUAAUUUUUUUUAAAAAGAAAGUCUAUAAAAUUUGUUUAGGUUAUUUUUUAUUUUUCUUUCUUUCUUUUUUUUUUUUUUUUUUUUUGGUUGAUUUGAUUUUAAUUCCAGCACUUUUUAAGAAAUAAAUCUUGUGCAGUGCCAAAUAACUGUAUAGACCCUUUGGAGCAAGUAUUUUUUGAAUAAUUCAACUUCUAAUGUAAAUACUUUAUUUUAUACUUUUGAAUUUGUACCUACUGUACAUUACGUUCCAAAUUGAUCAUCAGUGAGCUAUGUAACACACCAUAAAAACACUGAGAACAAGAAAAUAUGUAUAUGUCCACUGAUUUUUAUGUCUCUAAAUUUGUUACAUUAUCAAAUUAUUAAAUAUUCAGAUAUUUAACAGGGAUGAAAGUGCAGACUUGUGUUGUAAAUUACAUAUUUGGUAUUUUUUUGUUUCUUAUCCAACAAUCUUUUGAUUAAGCCAAGCAGAUAUGUCAAAGUAAACAUUUUAUAAUGAUAAUUCUAUUUUAAAGAAGUAGUGAGAAAAAACUGUUCUAAUAUUUUUUUGCAAUUAAAUUAUAUUGAAAUUGAAAAAUACACUGAAGCUAAUGAUAGCAACGCAGCAUAUGUUUGCUAUCGAAAAUUGGUGGUUUUUCUUCCCCUGUAAAGAAUUGUUUUAAAAGUACAGGAAAAAUUAGGUAAAAUUUUAAUAAUUUUAAUAAUUAAUCGUUGGUGCAAAUUUUACAUUUGAGAACCAUGAACAUAUGAAAAGUAACUGCUAAUAGGAAAUGAAAAAAGAAUAUUUAGAGAAGGAUGAACCUAUUAAAGAACGUUUAAACAGUAGAAAUGCUUAAAAAAAUGACAGGUGCAUUACUAAAGGAUUACAGAAAUAAAAGAAUAAUACCGCUAAACAGUCAAUUAUUUCUCCAUUUGAGCAAAAGAUAGCAUUAGCACUUCAGUGGAACUGCUAAUGAACAUUUUGUGGUUUCAAUAUUUGCACCUUUUCGCUUAAUGUAUUCACUUUUCUAAAGAAAUAUGGGCCGAUCUACAGAGGGUGUUUGAUAAUUUCAUAUUAAUAUGCUGAGAUGCAGCACAGCUAGUUGUUAGGGGCGGUACACCUGACUUUUUUUCUGGUAUUGCAUUUUACCACAUGACAAAUGCGCUUUGCCUCUCUGAAACUGAAUUUCUGUUUAAUGCUUAUCAUCCCUGUUCUCAUAUCGGCUUAAAUUUCAACUCCAAUGUUCAGUGAAAUAUACUUUUAAAACAGAAACUUUUUCUUCAGUGGGAACAAAGAUAAUCAGUUAAAUGCAGCUAAAGCAAACCCUGAUUUGAAUUUAAACUAUUUUGCCCAGUUGAGCUUCUGGAUGUAUGAAAACAAUGUUAAUCUAAACUGUCAACCUGUGCAUUUACACCAAUUAAAAAACAGAUCAGUUGUGAGACCAUUUACAAUGAUGUGAUAUUUUUGAAGGGUUUCUGUCAGGUUUCCUUAAAGCCCAGAAGCAGAGCUGGAAGUAAAGUUAUAUUCAAAGAUAAACCUAAACAUGUCCUGUUUAAUUUGAAACCUUUCCUCCUAGUAUCACUUGAAUAUUUGAAUGUUGGAGGGAUCAAAUGUUUAAAUUACAUUUGUAUAAUAGGUUCUAUUGCAUUAAUGAUGACGAUGCUUCCUCACACUUCAUUAGAUAAGGCAAGGCAAAUUUAUUUGUAUUCCACAAUUCAGUACAAAGACAAUGCAAAGUGCUUUACAUGAUUAAAAUAUAGGAAAAUAAAACAAAAUCAAAGCAAGUAGGGGAAAAAAUAAAAAAAAUAAAAUAAAAAAAAUGUAGAAACAAAAAAAAAACAAUAAAAAACAGUUGGACUAAAGAGAAUAAAAAAGUUGAACUAAUGUUAUGAAAUACAUUAGGGUCUGGUUCUUUGGCUAUUACCCAAAAACUGUAUAUCAAUGUUUCUACUAAGCAAACUAAUAGACAUCAUUGGACAUGUUUUCUUUGCUAUUACAUAAAACAGGGAUGUUCAGAUUCAUUCCCGCUUGCAUUAAAGCUGAUGUGAGUGCUGCAGCACAGUUAGCUGCUAUAUAUUGUAAUUUUCUGCAGUUUUUGGACAAUAUGCUGGAAUUCUUUUAGAAUUAGAUUCUUUUUUAUUUUGAUUUAAACACAUGGGAGCCAUUAAGUCGCAUAAUAAGUGGUUGCUUACUAGUAAAAUUGGUGUCUCCGAGAGUAUUAUUUAAAUUUUUCAUGAGUGUUGAAAUUCUUUGAAUUCUGAGUUGAAAUAAGAACCAAAGCAAAAAUAAAUGCAUUUGCAUCUAACAAAAUGAAUACUAGACAUACACUUUGGGAAAUCCCAGGGCUGCAUGGAAACAGCUGAGUCAUGGUGUUGCCCUCUUUCUGCUGUAGUCAUAGAGAACAUCCAUUUCCUCCCUGUGGUUAUCAUUAAAGAUGCUGGAAUUUCUGUUUAAGGGAAAAUCAGAGCUGUAGUUUCAGGUCAUAAUACUGUUUAUACGCAAGAGUCUUUUUAUUGUAUUAGUUCAUUAAGGGCUAAUUUAGGCUUUUUAUUGACUACCCAACAAUUCUAAUUAAGAUUUUUUUACUCAAAACUAUGUGUUUUCACUGACUUGGAAGUUUCUAAUAGAUUUUUUUACUGAAAUAUUCAAAGUUCAUGGCUUGGAUGCUCAAAAUUAUGCAAAACAAUAGUUGAGCUACUUGCUUCUGUGUAACAGAGCUUUAUGAACGACUCUGGGCCCAUUUGGACGCUACAUGUUUGAAGACUUUCUAUUCUCCUGGCGUGGAGAUCUAAUGGACAAAAAGUUCUCACAUUUAUGUUGACCUUUUGUCACCUUCUCCGUUUCUUCUCAUCUUUUUUGUGGAAAGUCUAACCUGUUCUCUGGCUGACGAAGUAUAGUUCCUUUUGUUUAUCUCAACCACAGUUUCUCCCUUCCUCUUCCUCAUCCUGCUUGAUUCCCAUCUACGCUUAGAGUCCAACAACACUGGAAAACACUUUUCCUUCAAACUCACCUUAAUGUAGGAGCAAAAAUCCGAUGUCUAUCACUUCUGUGGCAACAUCAACUAUCCCUGUAUUUUUUGUUUUGUAAGGUAGUUCUUUUUCAGUACCUGUGUUAUUUUCUGAAUAUAUGUCACAAACCAUUGCUGUAUUCAUGUAUAAUCUAUAAAAUACUGAUCAGAAAUCUCUAUGUGGAUCUAAGAUUCCAGAACAAAUAUGAAUAAACCUGCUUGUACUCAAUAUAUGUCGAAAGUCGUUCCAGUGACAGUCUGAGAUUUGAGGAACAAACUGAAACAUGUCCUAAUCCUCUUUGAGAUGUGCAGCUGAAAGUCUGAGAUCUGAAAGAGGCAUGGUUUAAAGUUUACAACCCAAUCUGGUGUAGAACAUGAGAUUUCCAUCUGGAUUUAAUGUUUCUUUAUAAACUCAGCAAAGCUUAAUAAACAAUGUGGAACCCAUUAUAACAAAGGUUUUUUUUUAUCUUAAGCUUUAAGAUAAAUUUGUUGGGAUGUGAUGCAAUUGCUGUUUACAAUUUUCAACUGUUGGUUUAGUUUAUCAUCGAUGAGAAAUACAAUUUCCCCCUAAUUGCUUGAAAUGUCUUUGCCUCCAUGUGCAGUGAAAGCAUUUAUUUUUUGUUAUGAGUGGGGGAUUCGUGCGUGACUGAUGAUAAAUGUUUGUGUUUGCAGUUUGGGUUUUGUUAUGUAACCUGAUCCUCCAUGGCAGGAACAGACCUACAGACUGACUCUCUUCUUCUUAUGUAAUAAGUUUCUCAUGGCGGCUGAAUAAAUCUGCUGUUUUCUCCUCGA